AUUUGUUUUGACAUAUAUCAGCAGUUGAAGAACGAGCUAUGGGUUGAUUGGUUGUUGUUGUUGAUUUUAUCAAUAGAAAUGGUCCAAUUACUUUAUAUUAUCGCCAGCUUACAUGUGUUAUUAUGUCCAUUUACAAAAGUAGAAGAAAGUUUUAAUAUCCAAGCCACACACGACAUUUUAUAUCAUCGACAUAACCUCUCACAGUACGAUCAUAAUGAGUUCCCGGGAGUGGUGCCGCGCACUUUCAUCGGUCCGCUAGUUAUAGCAUUUCUUUCGGCGCCAGUAGUGUCGUUCUUUCAACUUACCGGAAUACACAAAUUUUGGAUGCAAUAUGUAGUGCGAUUGAUGCUGGCUGCGUCAGUGAUAGGAGCAUGGACUCGACUGAGGAAUGCUCUGCUGAAGCAGUUUGGAAGUACCUAUGCAUGGUGGUUCACACUGAUCACAGUUACCCAGUACCACUUUAUGUUCUAUAUGAGCCGGCCAUUACCUAACAUUAUGGUGCUACCACUAGUGCUCCUAGCGUUUGAGGGAUGGGUGUCUGGCAAACAUAAACAAUUCAUUGUGGCCGCUGGAGCCUCCAUCGUAAUAUUCAGAGCAGAGCUAGCCAUGCUGUUUGGACUGUUCCUCCUCAUAGACCUGCAUUUCAAGAAGAUAGAUUUUACUAAAUUGUUCAAGAUAGUAGUGCCAACGGGAGUGGGACUAGUGGCUCUGACGGUGGCAGUGGACUCUAUAUUCUGGGGCCGACUGCUCUGGCCUGAAGCUGAAGUCUUCUGGUACAACACAGUGAUGAACAAAAGCUCUGAAUGGGGUACUUCACCGUUCCUCUGGUACUUCUAUUCAGCUCUUCCACGAGGUCUAGGUCCCAGUCUAGUCCUGAUUCCAGUAGGGCUGUACCUAGACCGCAGACUGAUCCAGUAUGCUGCGCCAGCAUUUGUGUACAUAAUCCUGUACUCCUUCCUACCACAUAAGGAACUGCGGUUCAUCAUCUACGUCUUCCCCUUGCUCAAUAUGGCGUCUGCGGCCGCCUGCUCUUAUGUGUAUGUAAGAAGAACAAAAGCACCGAUAUACGAGCUGAUGUUCUGGGGCUCAGUGUUUGUGAUACUUGGCAACGUUAUCAUAUCAUUAGCAUUCAUUCUGGUCGCCAUGACUAAUUACCCCGGUGGAGUCGCUAUUACUAGAUUCCACAAACUAAUGAAGAAUGAACCAUUCGUCCAUGUACACAUCUGUAACUUAGCUGCUCAAACCGGCGUGACGAGGUUCACGCAAAUUAACGAUAGUUGGAGAUAUAGCAAGAACGAAUCGUUAGCUCUAGAACAAUUACAAGAUUAUACUCAUCUUCUUGUUGAAGCAAAAAGCAAGUACUCACCUAAUCUUAAAUACUUUGCCCAGACACAUGUGAUCUUAGAUAGUGUAGAAUCGUUCUCCCAAGUGGCUAUGAAUUAUAAACUAAUGCCUCCUGUAAAAAUUAAAACAAAACCGGCCAUUUUCAUAUUAGAACGCAAAGAUUUUCGUGAAUUUCCUCAUGGACACAAUCUUGCGGCUGUGUCCGAUCCUUAUACUCGCAUGCAAAUAGAUGAAGCGGUAUCAAAGAAUGAAGAUGUUGUCGAUGUCGUAAACUAUGAAAAUAUCAAUGAAUUAGGAUCCAUGCAAUCGGAACCUGAGGCAGAUGCUGAAGUACAAACCGAUGACAAUAUAUCAUCAGAAAAUUUAAGUACAACAGAAGUAAUUGAAUCAACCGUCGACGAAGCAACUCAAAAGCCUAGCGAAGAUAUCAUUGAGGAAGUAGAGGAACCGAUUCAGAAAGACGUCAAAGUAGACAAUAAACUUCCAAAAUUUCCUAAAGCAAAGAAAGCUUUCGAUGAUUUAAAGAUGCUUAGACAAGAAAGGAAGAAGAAGGCUAUAGAGAAAAUUAAAACAGAAACUCGUAAAGAGGUCGUAGAGUCAGCUAAAGAGAAACUGAAGGAAAUCAUGAAACGCCACAAACAUAUUGCAGUGGAACUUUCAGAGAAUAUCAUAUCUGAUAUGAGUGCUGAAAUAGAGGAGAAGGAUGGCAGAGGAGAUAUACCAGAAACCGAAGUUACUCCCGAAGAACCAAAACCAGAUCUCGUAGAUAAAGAAGAAAUUAAAGAAGAAAGCAAAGAACAGGGUGAUGCAAUAAAAGAAGAUUUAAUAGAUAAAGUUGAGACUACAAAUAAUACGAAUGAAAAUAUAGAUACUAUCGUUGAAGAGGUUAUACUUAGAUUAAUAGAUAGAAAAAUUUAUGACGACAAGACGAAACCUGAAGACAUAAAGCCUGAAGACAGGCUCAUGAUACAGAAAAUUGUUGAAGAAGUCAUAUCAGAGAAAUUGAAUUAUUCAAAUAUUGAUAGCAAUAAUAAUAAUAAAUGAGUGUGUGGAAAUGUAUAUGAAAACAUUGGCCCUGUUUUGUUUGAAUUUGAUCUCGACAUAAUUAUAACGACGCGUAUCUUACGUACCUAUCCUAAAUCUUUAUAGUCAAGGUACAGUUGCAAAGGAAAAUGAACAUUAAGAUUUAAAAAAAAUAAUAGCUAAAAUCAAUAGUAAUUAGUAAGAAGGAGAAUAUCAUAUAUUAAUAGCUUCAUCAGUAAAUCGCCAAUUUGAUAGUAGAGAGGGUCUCGUUAUUUUGAGAUGUACAAAAAGUAAACCAAAUAUGGAUAAGGUUCUAUGCGAAAGUUAAUUAAAUAUUAUAAAAAAGCGUGCCAAUUACCAAAUCGUGCCUUGAAAUGAUACUUAAGUUAUAUUGGUACACUCAUACAAAAUGUGUUGCACGUCCACCACACAGCACAGUUGGGUGAUUCGACUUUGUACAUCAUGAAUCAGAGUUGAAAUGUUUUGAUGCAACUCUUUCUAUACAUUGAUGAAUAGUCCCUUAAAAAUACUAUUUAGUGGAGUUCUGGAUCCAGAAAGGAAAAGGAAAAUAUGGCUAGAAUACAUGUCUAUAAGAUAGCUGUGCGACUUUGUAGUAGGUAAUGGCCAUCCGUGUACCAUAGAAUACAUUUUUAUAUUAUAAAUAAUAAACAAUAAGUGGGUGAUGACUUGCAUUUUGUUUCGGCUUUUAUUUUAUUAUGUUUCGCAUUUCUUUUUUAUUACAAUUUUAUUGUUGCCCCAUUUUUUCUAGUCACGUAAGUGUUUUUGUUUUAUAAAAUAAAAUUUAUGAUGUAUACUC